AUGGUUGAAACUGGCAUCAUAGCGAAAAUUGAUGAGCCUACAGAAUGGAUGAGCAACAUGGUUGUGAUAAAUACGUCAAAGAAAUUGAGGAUUUGUCUAGAUCCAAGGCAGCUUAAUGAGGCUCUUCAAAUACCUCAUUAUCAAAUUCCUACAGCAGAAGCCCUUAUGAAAAAACUCCAAGGAUUUUAUGAGGAGUCUGAAAACACCAAACUAAAGCAGUUAUUACAAGAUUUGCAACUUGGUGAUAUGCGCCCAUCCCAGUUAUUGUCAAAAAUGCAGGAGCUUGCGGGUGACAAUUUUAAGUCCAAUGUUUUACAAUCAUUGUGGCUCAAUCGUCUCCCGAACAAUAUCCAAGCUAUUCUUGCCUCCAGUAACGAGAACCUACCCCAACUGGCCCAAAUGGCAGACAAAAUUCAUGAUGUUCUCCAACCACAAGCAAUCAGUCAAGUUCAGCAUCCCAGUGUUGAUAUUUCAUCUCUUCAACAACAAAUCCAGGAAUUAUCAUUGCAGGUCGCAGCCUUACAGACACGAUCUCAGUAUCAUCCGCGCGGUAGAUCAAAGUCCCGGAACCGAAAUAAUAGGGAAUACCAACGCGCUCAUUCUGGUACUCAAUCAGACAUUUGUUUCUAUCACAGCCGAUUCGGUGAUAAAGCGCGCAAGUGUACACCUCCAUGCAAAUUUCAGAAGACCUCUUUAAACUGA